GUCACCUUUAGCAGAAAGAAAGGGUCCUCAGACCCAAGCCCAAGGAAGCUGUGCAAUCGGCGGCGCUCUCUGCCCCCUCCGAGAACUGCAGGGGUCUGUUUGUCACACACUAAGAGGACAAGAAGAGCUCCAGGUCACAAAGAGCAAUUGAGGGCGAGCCGUGGCCCGAGCCCCGGCCCCGCCAUCAUGAGCAUCUUGCUGGCGUUCCUGUUCCUCUGCGCCGUGGUCCUGAGCGACUCCCAAGGCAGGCAGGAAGUUGGAGCGACAGAUGCAGAAAAGUGUGGCUGUCUGAACGGAGGGAGUUGUGUGACCUACAAGUACUUCUCCGGCAUCCGACGAUGCAACUGCCCGAAGAGAUUCCAGGGGGAGCACUGUGAGAUAGAUGCAUGGAAAACCUGCUACGAGGGGAAUGGUCACUCUUACCGAGGAAAGGCCAACACUGACAGCAAAGGACGGCCCUGCCUGGGCUGGAACUCUGCCGCUGUCCUUCAGCAAAAGUUCCACGCCUACAGAUCUGAUGCUGUCCACCUUGGCCUGGGGAAACACAAUUACUGCCGGAACCCAGACAACCGGAGGCGGCCCUGGUGCUACGUGCAGAUUGGUCUAAAGCAGUUCGUGCAAGAGUGCAUGGUGCACGACUGCGCUCUUGGAAGAAAGCCCUCUUCUCCCAAACAGGAAGAGUUCCAGUGUGGCCAGAAGGCUGUGAAGCCCCGCUUUAAGAUCAUAGGUGGAGAGUUCACCACCAUCGAGAACCAGCCCUGGUUUGCAGCCAUUUACAGGAAGAACCGGGGAGACUCUGCCUCCUACAUGUGCGGUGGCAGCCUCAUCAGCCCUUGCUGGGUUGUUAGUGCCACCCACUGCUUCAUUGAAAACCCAGAGAAGGAGGACUACAUUGUCUACCUGGGCCGGUCAAAGCUUAACUCCGAUACUCCUGAGGAGGUAAAGUUUGAAGUUGAGCAGCUGAUCCUGCAUGAGAACUACAGCGCCGAAAACCUGGCGCACCACAAUGACAUUGCCUUGCUGAAGAUCCGCUCCAGCAGCGGCCAGUGUGCACAGCCGUCCCGGUCCAUACAGACCAUCUGCCUGCCCCCCAAGAACAAUGGUGCCCCCUUUGGCGCAAGCUGUGAGAUCACAGGCUUUGGGAAAGAGAAUUUUGCUGACUAUCUCUACCCAGAACACCUGAAAAUGACUGUUGUGAAGUUGGUUUCCUACAAGGAGUGUCAGCAGCCCCACUACUAUGGCUCGGAAGUUACCACCGACAUGCUGUGUGCUGCUGACCCACAGUGGGAGACAGAUUCCUGCCAGGGAGACUCCGGAGGGCCCUUGGUCUGCUCCAUCCAAGAUCCCCAGACUGGGAACUACCGUCUCACUCUGACCGGGAUUGUGAGCUGGGGCCGCGGAUGUGCCUUGAAGGACAAGCCAGGCGUCUACACUAGGGUCUCCAGGUUCCUGCCCUGGAUCCACUUCCACACUAGGGAGGACAAUGGCCUUGGCCUCUAGGACCUCUAGGGAGCCAAGGGAGGAAAGAAACAGCCUUCCAUCCGUUUCCAUGCUGACCUCCAAUUCCGCAGGCGGGUUGUUUCCAUCCGCUGAAGGAAAAGACUGGAGAGAUGGGCUCUGCAGGGGUGGCUUGGCUUGCGAUGCCCACCAGGCCAAUAGUUUCCCUCAGAUACGAGCUGGGUGCUGGCCGCCCAGACUCCCCCUGGCCAGGCUGAAGAGGUGGUCCUGACUUAGCGUCACACUGACCAGUCACUGACUUUUUCUGGACUAAAUCCUGCCCUGGUGCCUCUGUGCAUUGUGGGAGGAGAACUAGCGCCCCAUAGGGGCCACCCUGGAGGCAAGCUGGGAAAUGAGUCACUUCCCAACUAGGGAGUGUGACAGCGGAGGUCUCUGGAGGAGUUUGGCCAAGGGGGAAGCAGUUUGGGGAACAGAGACGCUAACGGGCUGAGGGAAGAGCUCUGGCAUCCCAA